AAGUAAGCGUUCAACAGCGCACAUUGGGCUUCCUUUUUACUUCUUCGUGCCACUCUCAGUCCCGUCCCGCUAGCCCUGAUCCCCUGCGGCGUGCAUCGGUCGGAUUACGAUUCGAUUCCUUCCAUGGAGGCGCUAGCGAGCUAGAUCCCUUGGGCCAGGUUCGUCGGCAAGGCAUAGGGUUUUCUCGGCAUUUUACACUGGUGAUUCCGAGCUCGCGGCAGCCGCCAUUGCGCUGGGAUUUCCUUCGGCAGCCAAAGAAAAUGUGCUGAUUGUGUGUGUGGGAUUGGUAAAUCUUUAGGGAGAUGGCGCUGGAAGUAGCAGCCAAGCCAAUGGAAAUCGAUCCCAAAAUUACUUCCGGAAAACCAGAGGAACUUAUGAUCCAUACACCACCUCUGGGAUCGAGAAAACCGGCAAAGUUGAGGCUAUCAGCGAGUAAGAAACUAGACAAGGACGAUAGCAACAUCGUUCUAGAGGACGAGUUCCCGUUGACAGACAGAAAGAGAGCUCUCUACGAGCCUCUUGCGCCUUCCACGGGUCGACAAGCGCAGGGAUCAUCGCUCGAGAGCUUCCUCCCCCCUCCAGACUUCGAGACGGCGACGUAUCCCCGAGGUUGGGUGAUUGGCAAGAAGAGGAAGCUUGUCAAUGUUGAUGUGGUGGAGAGCAUGAGACGCAUUGCCGUGCAAGAAAUGAACCGCAAGGACCGGGAGAUCACUGAGCUAAACGAGCAACUCGAGGAGGAUUCGAGGACGAUGGAGCACCUCCAAAUGCAGCUCCAGCAGGAGAGAACGAAGCGUGCUCAGAUGGAGCGAGAGAACAGCAUGCUCCAGGGCCAGGUAAACAUGCUAAUGACCAUGAUUCCAGAUCAAGAGCCCGAAGAUGGUGAGACUUUUGAGACGUAGCCCCAGGUACUCGACAUUCUUUCUCCUUAUACUGUGUUGUGAGUGUAUGUAUUGUCUGUGUGUGUGUGUUGAGAUCUUCUCAACAAAAGAGUCAGGACAGUCUGUAGAUAAGUAUACAAAAACAAAAAGUCUCGUUUUUGGGAGUGUGUGCUUAGGGAGAAUAAAAUGGCCAUGGGUAGUAUACAUGUAAAAAGGAUUCUUUACCCUUUUUUUUUAAUGCAAGUCUUAGAUGUAAAGGAAAA